ACAGUAAGUCAUAUUUCCUGGUGAAAUAUUCUACCGACUUUGUGUCGAGUUGUCCCUGAUGACCUUUUAAUUCGACUAGAACGAUCUACUCUGCGAUUCUCACCCUCCAACUGUUUUUAAUGGCCGCUUGGAACUAAUUUAGAUUUCUCUUGCUGUUGGAAAUUUUUUAAAUUUCCGUGUGUUAGUAGGAGUGCGACUCGUGAAGUUUGUCGUUUGAUCGAAGCAAGCUGUUUUAAAGUUGGGUUUGAGGUUAGUGACUUUCAGUCAGAAUGAGUGACAAAGUAGCUUCUGAAAAGCUUGAGGCCGAUGAACAAAACCCAGUCGAUAACGUUACAGGGGAAGAGUCCGCUAUUCGCCCAGCAAAGAAAGCAAAGAAGAAAGGUAAAGGAAAGAAACGUAGAGAAUCAGUCGAGUCCAGAGGCGAAGACGACGAAGGAGAAAUUUCACUUAAAAGGAAAGGAAGGAAAAAAGUACUUUCUAAAGAGAAUGUAUCGUCUGAUGUGCAACAAAAAGUCGAAGCUGAAGGCGACGAUAAAAAGUUGGAAGCUUCGGUCACCGUAGAUGAAGGACUGAAGGAAACAGUGAUCGAGAUACAAGCAGGCGAGAAUCAGCCGGAUGAACUUGAAGAAGUCGUAGUCAAGAAGGAAUCGGCUUUUAUCGAAGGAGAUAACAAAGCUCAAGAAGCUGGGGAUUCAGCUGAGGCCAGCGGGGAAGAAAAGAACGAUGAAAAGAAAGACAGCGAAGAAGAGUCGAAAGAUGUCGAGAGCCCGACUGUACGUAGGAGAGCGACGUUGUCUGAUUUACGAAGUGAAAGCAUUGACAAACAGGACGGAGAGAAAGCUGGAACUACAGAAGCGGCUUCUGAGGAUCUCAAACCUGUCAAAGAAGAGGAGAGCAUAGAAGUGAAGAUAGAAGUGGAACCUGAUGACAAGCAGAACAAUAAAGAUGAAAAAGGAAAAGAAACAGAGGAAGAUCCAAAUACAGUGAAAAAAUUGGAGGAAAAACCAGUAGAGGCUUCUGCAGAGAGGGCUGAUAGUGUAGAGCAUUUUGCUGUGCCUAUUGAGGGAAAUACUGAGGAAGAAAAGAAGGAGGUAAAAUUUGAGAAUGUAGAGGGUGGGGAUGGUGAGGUCAGAACAGACCGUGCUAAGGAAGAGGAAGCAGAACCAAGACAAGAUCAGACUAUGCCACUGAUCAGUGAGACUGUGGUCACCAAUGAAACAGAGACAAGUGAAGAUUACUCAAAGUAUCAGCUUGAUGAUGAGUUGCCUUGGGCCAUUUAUCGUUCAAUGGAUACUCCUCCACAGAAAAACCCCAUAGAGGAAGAUGAUGAUUGGCCAGUGUCUGAGGAUGAUGAAGAUUAUGCACCACCCAAGAAUGAGGAUCUCCCUGACCUAGACAUGUUGAUGGGAACAUUAGAUGGAGGAGAAUCUGAACUGGAGACAACCGCAUCACCCCCACCACUCAUACUUCCUGAGGAGAAGCAUGCCAAGCAGCGACGCAUUGAUGAGCUCAAGCAAGGGCUUGCUAAUGAGCCAAUUGAACUUUAUGAUGAAGAGUUUGAGAAGAGAAUGGAAGAUGAAGUACUAAUGAUUGGAAACAUUUCACUAGAGAUGGUUCAGGAAGAGGAGCGUCGACUUAGAGAUGAGCACAUUGCUUAUCAACAACAGCAAGCCAAGACACAGCGUGAGAGACAGGAGGAUAUACUGGAAAGAGAAGCUAAAGCCAGGAAGGAAGUCAUGAGGGUUGUUAGAGAGAAACGCAAGCGGCUGCAACAGAGAGAGGAUCUUUUGAUGCAGCAAGAUCGACUGAUACAGAACAGGAUACACAGGGCAUUCCGCCGAGCUGAGGAACAAUUACUUAAGGCCCUGACAGCAAGGAAAGGAGAAGUUAAGGCCAUGUAUGGAGAUUUGAUGUUAGCUGAUGGCCAGUAUGGAGGCAGCAAAGGCAGGCGCUGGAAAGUUGAUUGGAACAGAACCCCACAGCCAAUACAGAUUAAACUGAAGUGUUUACGAGGAGUCAAAGACAAGUUACCAGCUGGUCGCUAUGUCCUCAUGGUGUCUCUAUAUGAUCGCCUGGGGGGCCAUGUACUUAAGUGGUCAAAUCUGAAAGGUCAGCAGUGGGGAGGGGCAACAUUACCUCUGCAGCAUGAUGGAGAAUUCUUUAACAUUGAAAUUAAGAUUGAUCAGAGUGUGUUCACUGUGUGUCCCUCCAGACCUGAUGUGCGUCCAGGCAUGAUUCUGGUGUUUGAGCUUUUUAUUCUUAGGGGAAGUGUCACAGCCACAGAUAGGGUGGUAGGAUGGGGAUGUUUCCCCAUUUCUGAUGGAGAGUUUAACAUCAUUGAUGGAAAGUACAAGGCUCCAUUUCUUCGUGGUGACAUGGAUCCCACAAUUGAUAAACAUGAGACGAUUGAAGAGUUGAUGGCUGAUGAUCUUGAAAACUGGCUGUGUAACCUGUAUUUUGAAAUUGUCAAGCUACCUCGAUAUAUGGCUGGACAGAAGGAAUAUGAAGUUGAACUACAAUUUACAUCAGGAAUUUUAAGCUAUCCAUCACGCACGAAUAUUGAUGAAGAGAACAUUGAUGGAGAAGAGCCCAUUUACGGUUCUCGAAUGGAUCUCAAGUCAUCGCCAUCCAGCACUCGACGUGGCAGCAGAAUCAGCAUGAUGGGGUCAAGUUUUUUUGGGAGCACUGUAGCUAUUGAUGCAGCUGUGGAGGAAAAAGAAGGCCUGGGUUCUACCCAGAAAUUGCAGGUGGAAGUCCCGGAUGUUAGAAGAACUUCUCUCGCAGUGCCCGAACCGAUAUUACGUCAGCGCCGUAGUUCAGCCGUGUCACAGAGACGGACGUCUCGUCCCGUAACCAUGCAUAUGUCGCGCAAAGCGGUGGAGAUCGACGCCUCAAGCGACGGCAGUGGGACGGACUAUUCUGAUGAUGAAGUUCUUAUGCUGAAAAAAGAUGAUGGAUUUAGACCGGUGAAGGGCCAACCAGGCAUGUAUUACAAGAAACAUUUGAACAAUCCAGUCGACGUCCACGCCAAAAAGAUGUUUACUAUGCUUCCAAAGACGCCUCUGAUGACACGAAAGAAAAAGAAGAAAAAGCUGACUCAUUUAGAAGAACUCGAAGAACACACAUUCACUGUACAGCCACCUUGGUCCAAUAAAGGGCGCAUUCCCCACUACGGUCGAGAAAAGAUGCAAUAUGUGGGCCGUCAAUUGAUGGCUGAGCUGGGCCUCUCUCAAUGGCGUUCCCGUGAGUUUUGGGCCAUGUUACUCCUCAUUGCCUUCACCUGGUGGGUUCGUUUGUACGCUCAUUAUGGCGCCCAGUGGGUUUUCCUUCAAGCGUUAUUUGUUCCAGUUAACAAGUACGAAUUUCUCGCCUACACAGUGAACCUGAACUAUCAAAACACACUGCUGAACACAGUGGAAGAGAUCAGUAUAGUGGUGAUUGGACCGUUCUUCAACAUUAUAUUGUUCUGUUUAUUAAUCCUCUUCUGCUGGGGAAUGCAGAGACUGUUUGGAACUUUUCCUAACAUCUUCUCACGGUUUAUCAUGGCAUUUGGAAUUAAUGCACUGCUUGAUCCCAUCUGGAUUCUGAUCGUGGAUUCUGCGCUCAUGAGAUUUUUAAACGUGGGAGGUGAUGUUCCAAUAGGAGACGCGUUCAAACUCUACUGGCAUUUCUUCCGCUUUGACGGCAAUGGCACCGUAGGUAUCGUUCUGACAAUAUUCCUGUACGUUGUUACGCUGUUCACUGCUUCUUGUGUAGUGUAUAUGUACUUCUUGAGGCUUCACAACAAUGGCCGCCUCAUGGAUGUCUAUCACCGUCUUCACGCGCGUGAAGACGAGUUCUUUAUUCCUUACGACCUGGAAAUCUCUAAUGUGGAGUUGAACUAUGUCUGCAAGAAGUCAGAACAAUGGCGAGGAGAAGAAGGAGAAAGGAGAAAAACCGCUGUUUAUGAUUAUAUCUGGGAAGAAGAGAAGAUUGAUGAGUCGGAUAUGGGGGCCUCGGACAAAAAAAAGACUGGGCAUCGUGAAAUCACAUCUCACGUGUCUAUCCACACCAUACACUUGGAUGGGUUACGAGAGUUAUACAGACACUUCCUAAGGCUGCCUGAUGGAGCUAUUGUAGAGGUGUUUGGCGAAAUGGGCGUGGUCGGUAUGGACGAGAGCAUAAAACAGGCACUUAUUAAAGGCACUACUUACCAGUCUAUGGACAAUGCAAGGGCAUCACGGGCCAGUUUAAGAGCGAGGUCCCGGGCCGGCUCGGUAAUUAGUGAGUCAUCUUUUCGGAGACCUUCGGUGAUGUUAGAAGUUCCUAAAACUGCACGUUCUCCGUCUCCUGUGUAGACCUGGAGGAGAAAGGAAUGCGUUGUAUUAUACUUUCACUUCGGGCAAUUAAUGAGUGGACUAAGACUCAGUAAUGUACACUGAAAUAUCACGAACCACUUUGCUGUGAAUAUAAACAGUGUAUUAGCAUGCCCUUAUCACACAAGCGCACAAGGCAACAUGUCAUAGAAAAAGCAAAACACAGAACCCCUGGGAUACCAUCUAAUUUGUAAUUUCUUUUGCUGAUUUAUAAUUAUUUACAUAUGUAAAAGGUGAGAUGUCAUAGUUUCAUAGAGGGGACUCGGCGGGUAGUUCACUUUUUCACUUUUUUUAAGCAGGAGUUAAAUAGUCGUGUAGAUAGUAACAAACAUUUAAGUACCGUGUUCAUGUCUGAGUAAUUAUCUCAUCUCUCGUCUCCUUUUUAUGCAUUUUAAAGUGUCACAGUCGGAAGGAAAGACGUAUAUCAGACACUCAACUUUGCGUGAACUGUCUGUGCGCUUGUUGACUCAGAUUUUGCCGUUAGGUUGAGGUAUUAAGAGGUCUCAGGUUAAUUUAUCCAUUGAUAUCAGCACAUAAUUAGGUUUGCAUCUGAAUGAAAGCUGGAAUUUUGACCUCUGGAAUUCCAGCCUCUGAACCACUUUCGGUUAAUGACCAUGAAAGUUGCGAUCUCAAGUUGCGACUGUGUGCUUGACAGUUUCAAGAAUACUCGGCCGCUUGAAAUAACAUUACUUCCCAUGUUUUUUGCCAACGAACCAACGAAACGCUGUAUAAACCAAAUUCGCUUGCCAAAAACCAUAAUUUCCAUUUUGUUGCCUUUGCCGGCAGAUGAUUUCCCUGCUUCGAAAUACGACUACUGCUACUGUGAUUCGUUUCUAAAAGAUGAAAAUGCGGUUUUAAUCGAUUUUAUUUCAUGUUUAGUGCGUCAACAACUUUUAUUCUUAGUCACUUCGGGCCAGGAUUUUAGCUGUGGCCAUGUCAGAAAAAAAAACUGUGGCUAUUUCCUAACCUUGCUGGUCAAGUCUCCGUUGUAAAUAAUUUUUCCCUGCUAUUUAACUUUAUCUACUGUUGCUUGGUCUAUUUAUUUUAAAAUGUCUGGGUUUUUAGGUUACUUGUUGAAAUUUACCACGAGUUUAGGUAAAGUUAAAAAACCGCAAAAUAGGAAAGUGGAAAUCCAUAUUAGCAAAAAAUAUGUUUAAUAUAUUUUUAUUUGAUCAGUUUCAUUGUAGAUUUGUAAUAAAUAUUGAAAACAAA